AUGGAGGGAGUGGAGGAAGGGCUGGAUAUAUAUAGAGAGGAGGAAGAACUGGAUAUAUAUAGAGAGGAGGAAGAACUGGAUAUAUAUAGAGAGGAUGAAGUGGAGGAAGUGAACAUUACCCCCGAAGAUGCCGCUUUAUAUAAAUUGGCCCAUGAGCUGUUCGAUAAUGCCAUGAACGGCCAGUGGGAAGAAGUUGUGGGGGUCUAUAGAUCAUCAGAGAAUGUUCAUGAUAUGCGUAUCACCAAAAUUGGGGACACCGCUCUACAUAUCGCUGCUUCGGAUGGCGAAACAGAAAUUGUGCUGCACUUGUUACGGAUCAUUGGAAACGAUGCAUCCAGGAUAUUGCAAAUAAAAAACAAGAAAGGCAACACACCUCUCCAUUUAGCUGCUGAAGUGGGGGAUGUGGAAACGUGUCACGCAAUGGCCACCAAAGACCGCAAACUCGUGUCGUCUCGCAACGAUAAGAAUGAGACCCCUCUCUUCUUGGCAGCUCUUAAGAGCAAGGAAUGUGGCUUAUCUCCCCUGCAUAUUCUAGCCAAUACUCCAUCAGCAUUCAAAAGCAGUAGCCGCCUUAGACUGUUCGAUCGUCUCAUAUACCAAUGUUUGAUUGCUGAAGAACUGAAAGGGCAAGAAGCUAAAUCAUGGGGAAAUAGGAUAUGUUCUUCUCUAAGUCUAGCUAAGAGAGGAAAUAAAAAGGAAGAUGCAGAGAAUCCCCAACAAAAGAACAGCUCAAUGCAAGGUACAAACCAACGAGAGGAACAGGGGAGACAAAGGCAUCCCAAUUAUAUUUAUGCAUCAUUUGUUACAAUUUGCUACUUAAUCACGGAGGCUUUGGUAGAGAUGUAUCGUUUUCUGCGAGGACUUUUGGGAAUUUCGAGCAUACAGAAAAUCCACCAAGACAAAAGGAAACAUAAAUGGGCCACUCAGGUCAUGAAUCAAUUGCUUGACCAUACUUCUUCAUACAUGUAUGCACAAAAUCCCAAAGAAACUCGACCAACAGAUGAAUCAAAAAUUACACAAGUUCCUAAACCUCCCGAAUUAGAGAAGCCCGAAUUAGAUACAAAGAGGAAGAAGGACAAAAACGUGGGAGAUAAGCAAAUGAAAAGGCAGCUGAUGACACCAAUAUUAAUUGCAGCAAAGAUGGGAGUGAGCGAAAUGGUGGAGAAAAUCCUAAAAAAAUUUCCAGUGGCUAUUCACGAUGUGGACUCAGAAAACAAGAAUGUUGCGCUCCUGGCAAUUGAGAACAGGCAAUCCCAUGUUCUCAAGUUACUGCUGAUGGAGAAAAAGAAAUCAAUCGCAAACUUGUUACGUCAGGUGGACAUCAAAGGCAACAAUGCAUUGCAUCUUGCUGCUAAAUAUGGAAGUUAUCGGCCAUGGCAUACUCCAGGUGCGGCACUGCAAAUGCAGUGGGAACUCAAGUGGUAUAUGGUUGUCAAAAACUCCAUGCGACAUCAUUUUGUUCGCAACAACGAUGAAGGUAAGACACCACAGGAGAUCUUCACAACCUCACACAAACAUCUUCGAAAAGAAGGCAGUGAUUGGCUAGUCAAAACCUCCGAAUCAUGCUCUGUGGUUGCUGCGCUCAUUGCAACAGUUGCCUUCGCAACAUCAGCAUCUGUACCGGGCGGACUGGAUGAUAAAACUGGUUCACCGGUUUUCGAAGACAAGCCGGCAUUCAAUGCCUUCACCAUCUCAUCACUGCUUGCUCUCUGCUUGUCGGUAACUGCCCUGGUCUUCUUUCUUUCAAUUAUUACGUCUCGAUACGAAGUAGAUGAUUUUUCCAUCAGCUUGCCUCGGAAACUUUUGCUGGGUUUAACAUCACUCUUCGCAUCUAUAGCUUCCGUAUUAGUCUCAUUCUGCACAGGGCAUACGUUUCUCCUUAAUCAACAACUGAGACACGUGGCAUAUCCAUUAUAUGCAACAACUUGCAUUCCGAUCACAAUAUUCGCUCUUGCCCAACUGCCCCUCUACUAUGAUCUCAUAAAGGGAAUCUUCACAAAGGUUCCACAACAGACAUACAUGGAGUAA